AUGAAAUGCGGGACGAAAAUAAUUCCGUAUGUGAUGACUUGGGAUAGGAUUGUAACGAACUUCCAUAAUCGUUAUGCGAAGGAGGAAAUCAGUGUAUCUGAUCACAUCGAGGUAUAUGUCCAGUCGAUAAUUCUCAAGAAGACGCUUGAAGGCAUCUCAUUCGAUACUCGUUAUGAAUUUCAGGAGGACGAAGCGAAAAUGAUGAGUGCAACAAAUCUGAGCGCAAGACAAGUACAGCCAGAGUGCCGUAAUACGAUCCAGCGCCAGAACCAAUAA